AUGAUGGCCCGAGCGGCCGCCCCGGCCAUCCCCAACGUGGUCAUCCUCCUGGCUAACAACGUCCGGACUGACGACCUGAGUUGUUACAAUCCCGACACGCCGGCGCCCACCCCCAACAUUGACAGACUGGCGGCCGGGGGCGUGCUGCUGCGACACCACACGGUCCCGGCGCUCACACCGACGGCCAACCGGGCGGCCCAUCUGACCGGACAGAUGCCCACACGCUACGGUCUUCAGGAGAGCGAACAGGGGGUCCGCCAGAUCCUGCACACUCUCAGCCGGGCAGGGCUGCCCAACUCGACACUGACCUAUGCUGACCUCUUGAAGAAGUCCGGUUAUCGAACAAAGGCCGCAGGCGGCUGGGAGCUGGGCUGGGCGUGCGAGUCGUGGGCGGAUGCCUGCCACUCGCCGCUGAAGCACGGCUUCGACUCGUUCCACGGCGUGCCGCUGAGCGUGUCCAUCAGCGAGCCGGAGCAGCUGGAGGAGAGCCUGUUGCCAACGAUGCAGGAGCUCAACGCCUACCUGGAGGUGAUGGCCAACCAGUCGGCGGUCAGGUCCAUCUACCGGCCGAUUGCCGAGGCGGCCUGGUACCAGUGGCUGGCGCAAGUGGUCACCUCCGGCGGAAGCCUCCGUGAGCAGGCGCGGCUCACGGCGGAGCUGCAGCAGAAGCUGGACCUCCUGCUGGUCCGUGAUGACGCCGUCGCUCGAUGGCCGUACUCGCUGCAGGGCAUGACGCUGCCUAUUCUGUUUGAGUCGCUCGAGUUCAUCAAAUCCAGCAAGCGCGCCGGCAAACCGUUCCUGCUGCAGCACAGCUUCCUGCACGUGCAUGAUCCACCGGUCACGGCGCCACACCGGGUCGGCAACAGCGGCGUCAACGCCUACUACGACAGCGUGCUGGAGCUGGACUGGGCCGUCGGUCGCGUCCUCGAUCACCUGGAGGAGCUGGAGCUGCUGGACGACACGAUUGUCUACUUCGCCUCCGACUUCAACGACCUUAUGUCCUACCCGCCGAAAACGUCCAACAUCACUGACGCCCGCGUGCCGGGCAUGUUCAUGUACCGGGGCCUGAUGAAGCCGCACGUGCUGCACCGGCCGACCUCCGUGCUGGACCUGCUGCCUACGGUGGUGGAUGUCAUCGGCAAAGGCGCUGAGCUGCUAAGCAUGGAACUGGACGGCAGAAGCCUGUUUUUCCCUAUGCUGACGCAGGGGGAGAACAGCCAACGUUACCAUUACAGCUACAGAGGAGACGACCUGGAUAGCGUAACCAUUGUUUCUGAGGACGAGACGGACCCAACUAUCUUCAAGCUCUACAUCACCAAGGGAUGCCAGCUGUGCAAGGAGACCACUUUGCUGUACAACCUAACGGCAGACCCGUACCAAACGGAGGCCAUCGGGCCAGAGACACCAACCUUCAACCAGGUGGUGGAGGACAUGCGGGCGAACCUGUUCGCGGUGCCGACCGUGCCGAGCCAACUGGCCGACUUCUGGCGGGUGAUGCCGCUGCCGCCGCUCUUCCCCUGGGCUCAGGCGGCCGCGUACAGAGCCGGCGUCGACCCGGCCGGCCCCGCCUACCUCUACUCGUUCCUCGAGGCGGACGUGGUGUUCGCGCAGGAGCCCGGCUCGGACGAGCGCGCGGGCGGCGCGGCGAGCGAGCUCGAUCCGUCACUUCCCACGUUCUACCGGCUGGCGCACCGGGAGGUCCCUGUGUAGCCGGCGAGGCGCGAGCGUCUCGAGCGGACCGGAGGGUGGCGGCCUGUGUCGCGCGCGCGGUAUGGCGGUCCGUGGCGCGCUUCAGCCGGUGGGAUGCAGAGUGAGAAGACGGAUCUUACGCUCUGUUUUGUCGUCGGUGAACUAGCUGGCGAAUGCAGCUUCAACUUGCAGUGCGGGAGCUGGGCUGUGCAGCACGGUGAUGAUCACGGUAAC